AUGAAGACCGCUUCACUAUUCAUCUUUGGCGCUCUCGUCUGCUCUGUCGGAGCCAUGCCCACCCGUCGUGCUGAGAACGACCGCUUCUCUGGUAACCGAUUUGGCGGUAAGGGAUUUGGUGGAGGAAGGAACCGUUUUGGCAACAAGGGGGGCAAGUCAAGCAGUGCUUCAGCUUCAGGCUCGGCCUCUAUUUCUGCCAGCUCUUUUGUUGCACUCGCUUCCACCGUCUCCAGCGCCGCCGCCGCCGCAUCCUCCCUUCCUCCCCUCAACAAUGCUGCGACCAACAACACAUCCGCUAACAAUGACAAUGACCCCCAGGCUUCUCUUAAGCUCAACCCAGCCGUGAUCUGCAGCAACUUCGCCGACAAUGGCCAGAACCCACCUGUUGAGGGCCAGAGCCCUAGCUUGACCUCCACCAACAACUUCAUCAACUUCUGUGCCCUCACUUUGCCUGGCGUUCCCCUCACCAAUGGACAGCAAAUCCAGACUGGUUCCUGCAACCCCGCCCCCAUCGGUCUGAUCCCCUCCGUCAGCAACAUGCCCAGUGCCAAAUUCUUGUUCCCUCUCAAUGGAGCAACGAUCCCGGCCAACAAGGCAUUCAACGCUCAACUUAACGUCAGGAACUUCCAAACCGGUACCUUCACCAACGCUCAGAAGACGUACUUCGCUGCUCCUCAGCGACUCAAUGCUCAAGGCCAAAUUAUUGGUCAUACCCACAUGGUCAUUGAGACUUUGACGGACCUCAAGCAGAACACCCCGCUUGACCCCACCAAGUUCUUCUUCUUCAAGGGUGUCGAUGAUGCUGCCGUGAAUGGCGUUGCGACUGCUGCUGUCACUGCUGGUGUUCCCCCAGGCGCUUAUCGCAUCUGCUCUAUCAACACCUCGGCCAACCACGCCCCAGUCAUCGGUCCCAUUGCCCAGCACGGCUCCUUUGACGACUGCACCUACUUCACCGCGAAGUAA